GAGAAGAAAAAAUUCGCAGGAAGCGACGCUCUGCAACAAUGGCUGCUCUAUCUCUUUCCUACUCUCUCAUUCCAAAGCCUUCCCAUAACCAAACUCAAACCGCCAUUUCUCUAUCCAGACCCAAUCUUUCUUUCUUGUCUCACUCUCUCUCACAUCUGUCUCUCACCGCCCGCAAACACCCGGUAGUGUCAAAGGCAACGGACACAGAGGCUGCAUUAUCCGUUACCGAUGCCGAAAUCGAGACCCCGGUUCUCGAAAUUGAGCCCGCUGUUGAAACUGCCGAGCCCAAGCGUGAGGAAGUUUUUGCUGUUGUGAUGGUUGGAGGAAGGCAAUACAUCGUAUUCCCUGGACGUUAUAUCUACACACAGAGGCUUAAAGGUGCAAGUGUAAACGACAAGGUAACCCUAAAUAAGGUGUUGCUCGUGGGAACUAAAACAAGCGCAUAUAUUGGAAAACCGAUAGUGCCUAAUGCCACAGUCGAGGCAGUUGUUGAAGAGCAAACGCUGGAUAAGAAAGUGAUCGUAUUCAAAUACAAGAAGAAGAAAAACUACAGAAGAAACAUUGGUCACAGACAGCCUAUUACAAGGAUAAGGAUAACAAGCAUCACGGGAUACCAAGACUCUCCUGUGACUACCCUCGAUUAGAUUGUACCAACACUAGAUUGGAGAACUGUCUGGUCUUGCCUCUUGUUAGAUUUCAUUAAUUUUUUGAGAAGAUGAUGUCUACUGUCAAUGCAUCUUGAUUUUGAUGGAAACUGCUACUUUGAAGUUGGAGUGUGAAGGUCCAUCUAGGGCAUUAUGUAGCCCACAUCAUUUCGAUUCUCAAAUCUUAUUUUGACAAUAUUUUUAGUGUUAAUUGUUGUGCAGUUGCUUCCA